CAUUUCCAGACACCCUUCCCAGCUGAUGUGUUUAUACCUCCCUCUGUAUUUACGUUUGUGUUUCUGAGAGCUGCGUCAGGACGCGCAUGGAGAGCGGCGAAGCGUAGAGGAGCAGCUCAGAGCAGCGCAGCGCGGUGAGGAGCGCAGUCUAUGGUCAGCAGGCAUGUGGAUUCAUUCCCAGAACAUCCUGUAUGGGGACAGUUACGCACGGAUUUGGAUCGUGACUUUUUGGACACAUCUUUUUGGAAGUCAGCGUUUUUUUUCGUUCUGAAAUAAGGUCAGCUCAUUUGUAAUGCUUGUGCCACUAGGUAUAAUAGGUCAGUAAAUACCACACUGGUGGAUUUACAUACGGCUCCAGACAACAAACAACCUGCAUGGAGGGUUACGCACGGAUUUAAACCUCACUGGAUUUGGAUCAUGUCUUUUGGACACAUCUGUGGAAGUUAAAAUGUCUGGAGAACGCAUGGAUACUAACUAUGAGGGCUCGGGAGGGAUUGUGUUUCCUGCAAACUUCAGCUGCGUGUCUAACAGCAGCAACCUGUCCUCCUCUGACCGGAACUACUUUCUGCCGGACUUCAAUAAAACCUACUCUGUGGGAGACGGCGCGGCGGUGGUGCGCAUCAUCAUCUCCAUCAUCUACUCUCUGGUGUGCGCACUGGGUUUAGUGGGGAACUUACUGGUGCUGUAUCUGAUGAAGACCAAACAGGUGUGGAAGAAAUCCUCCAUCAACCUGUUCGUCACCAGUCUGGCGGUGACAGACUUCCAGUUUGUGCUGACGCUGCCCUUCUGGGCGGUGGAGAACGCGUUGGAUUUCACAUGGCUGUUCGGGAAAGCCAUGUGUAAGAUCGUGUCCUACGUCACGGCCAUGAACAUGUAUGCGAGCGUGUUUUUCCUCACGGCCAUGAGCGUUGCGCGCUACUGGUCGCUCGCCUCCGCGCUGAAGGUGCGCAGGCGGCGGCCGCGCUGCUGCUCCGCGCGCUGCAUCACCGUGUGCAUCUGGUUCGCAGCUGUCUCUGCCGCUCUGCCGCAUGCGGUUUUCUCCACAACAGUAAACGUGUCCAGUGAGGACUUGUGUUUGGUGAAGUUCCCGGAAGCAAAUGGCACCGCGCAGUUCUGGUUAGGACUUUAUCAGUCUCAGAAAGUUCUGCUGGGGUUCGUGUUUCCUCUGUGCGUUAUCUCUGCCUGCUACCUGCUCCUUUUACGCUUCAUCACCUCCAAAAACAUCAACACAUCGAGCGCAAAGCGGCGCGCAAAGGUCACCAAGUCGGUCACCAUCGUGGUCCUCUCCUUCUUUCUGUGCUGGCUGCCUAAUCAGGCGCUCACAGCAUGGGGCAUCCUCAUCAAACUCAACGUGGUGCACUUCAGUUACGAGUUCUACACCACACAGGUGUACGUGUUCCCAGUGUCCGUGUGCCUCGCGCACUCCAACAGCUGCCUGAACCCCAUCCUGUACUGCCUGAUGCGGCGCGAGUUCAGGAAGGCGCUGAAGAAGCUCUUCUGGAGGAUGACGUCACCGGCGAUCCGGCCCUUCACAGGCACCUCAAAGCCUCUCAUGGACGAGCAGGGGCAGGUGCUCGUGCCCGUGAGCGCGCCCGGGCAGCCAGCGGUGGAGUUUUACCCCCCGGGGGCCGUGAUGUACAAUAACCUGCCGCUCAACAGCACGUAGUGGAGACAGGACUGCCUUACAGGCUCUGCUGGUCAGUGAUUUGAGUUCACGUUGGAUUCUUUUUAAAGCAGGAGCUUCUUCUCUGCUGGGCACUGAAGAACAUUAGUGCCGGACAUUAGUUGGUUUUGUUUUUUUGCCUGGAGUUUAAUUUGAAAUGUUGAAAAAAGUAAAAAUAUUGAAAAUUAAUAUUUGUAUAAUCUGUCUUUGUGUCUCUGUUGGAAAGCUAAGAAUGAGUUCAAGUUGGAAU